CGUGUCUCUAAACUGGUGAUUUUAUUUACAUUCGGCAUAAAUUGUCAACAAAAUGAAUGGCCAUCAUGUUGGCAAACAAAUGGAACACGGUGGCCAUCACCGUGAACCAUUCAUCCCUGAUGUUCCAGAAUACUAUUGUUUUGUGGAUGAAAACUUCCUGAACGAAACAUUCAGUGUCGAUGGCUUUGUUCGCCGAAAUAGUAAACGUGUACAAUCAUUGGAAACAUUGAAAGAACAUCUAAGUGCCUAUCUUAAAUUGCUCAAACAAGCAAUGGUCAAUCUGAUCAAUGAGGAUUACACUGAAUUCGUCAAUCUAUCAGCUAAUCUGGUCAGCUUCGAUAAAUUGAUUCAGAACAUCAAAACGCCUGUGCUGAAAUUCCAAAAUGAAACCGACCAUACUCGAUCCAAGGUCGAUGAAACAAUCGUUUCGAUCACUGCCAAGCAAAACAGACUUGAAAAGAUUCGUGAGAACAAAAGAAAACUGUCGAUAAUUCUGAAAAAUAUUGAUUAUCUGGAUAGAAUCGAAGCUAAUCUGGAACAAAUCGAAUCCAAUCGAAUUUCCGUAUGUAAGGAUAAUUUAGAAGCUAAACGAUUACAUAUCUAUCCCGGUUUAGGCGAAAAUUCUGCUUUAAUUUCACGGUUAAAUAUCAAUUUCGAUUGUCUUCGGUCCGAUGAGGCCACCAAUAUGACAAAUCCGUUUCUGUCGAAUCUUCUAAAUCGUUUCGAAAGUGCAACUCAACGAUUCCAUGCAGAUCUUGAGAGUGAGCUUUUGUAUCUACUCAAUUAUGAGCUGAUUCAGUUUGAAAAUGAACCCAAUUCCUACGAUUUGACCAUUGCUCUGGAACAAAUGUUUAUUUUGUAUUUGAUUGAUGGCCAGAAUCAAAAGGAAUUGGAACGUGUGAUCCAAAAUCGUAUUGUUGUGCCUUGUUUUCAGGAGAUAAUCGACACAUCGAAUCAAGUGGCCACCAUAUUCAACCGAACAAUCGAUUUGAUCGAAAAGAAAUGGUCAAUGUGGAUCCAUGUAUUGACCACUUGCAAGCAAUUCGCAUCAUUCAAAUUCGAUUUGGUCGUAUCGGCCGUUUGGAAUCCUUUCGUCGAAUUGUUUCUGGUGCGAUCACCGAUCCUUUUGGAUUUGUCCGAUUUGGAUACAUUCGAACUCAACUAUUUUCUAACAAUUAAAUUUGUUGAACAAUUCGUACGACAUACUUGCAUCUUAGAUAUGAUGUUUCAAUUUGAGCAACAAUCAAGCUAUAAACGAUUAAAAUCAAAAUUCAAGCUAAACGUUUAUUUCCAUAUGAAACUACGUAAGUUAUCUUCUGACAUGGAAAAUCAAUUCGAUCAAUUGGCCUAUUCGUUCGUUACUGGAGAUGAUCAAAGAGGAAAUCAAUACCGAUUGAAUGUAAGCCAAAUGAUUCAUGACCAUCUGAUGGAAUGUUGGCCAAAAUCGGACCAAUAUUGUAACAUGGGUGACAUGUUUAUCUAUUGUUGGAAAUUAACACUGAAAGUAUUGUCUCGAUUCACCACUUGGUUGAUGGCAAUCGAUUUGGCCAAAAUCAAUGUCAAAAAGUCAUCAUCAUCAUCAUCAUCGAUAAAUAACACAGACAGUGAUACGAAAAGAUUAGUUCGUCAAACAAUGAUUGCUUUGAUUGCCGAUUCAAAUACAUUUCUUAGUGAAUCGACAAAAUUAUUCAACAAUGUGAUUGAACCACUUUGGUUAAACUAUUAUCAGAUCAGUUUAGUACGAAGACUGACCGACCAAUCGAUACAGGAAGGCUCUCUACGCCGUUCGUUUGAUGAAUUUGUUGCCGAUUUUCGAUCGACAGCCAUUGAUAAAGUGAUCUGGUUGAUGCGAAAUGAAAUUGUUAGCGAAUGUAAAGUUUGGAUGAACCAGGUUAACGAUAUACCUCGCCUAUAUCGAAGAACAAAUAAAGAGAAACCGAAAGAAGCUUCCAGCUAUGUGGAUAAAUGCAUAGGGCAACUAGUCGAUUGUAUGCGAAUGUUGGGCAACGAUUCUGGUAUGGUGACCAACACUAAUCAAUGUCUGCACGAUAUACUCAACGAUUUAACAAUACAUUAUAAACAUUGCACGUUGGAAGUAUUGACUUCGGUACAAAAAACCGAAGAUAGCCUGAAAAAAUUGAAAAAACACAAAGGACUCGGUUCUACCAUGGUGGCUAAUGUUGUGAGCCAACAAUCUGGCAUGUCCGAUGAUGACAAGAUACGGUUACAGAUUUAUCAUGAUGUAACCACAUUCGGCAAACAAUUGACAGAAAAGCUGGCCGUGGAUAUUUAUUCGUUAAAGCCAUACAAUGAAUUGUUAGCCACAAUCGAAUCAUUAAAAUUAUUAAAAUAAACAAAGCCUAUCUGAUUUAAUGUA